AGGCGUCUUUUUCUACUUCAUGGAAUGGGAGGAAUUGGUAAAAGUCAGAUUGCUUUAAAGUUUGCUGAAAAUAUGAUUGAUUUCUCUAUUAUAUUUUGGAUUGAUGCAUCAUCAGAAAGCACAAUUGUUCAAAGUCUCAAGAAUAUUUAUAUUAAAUAUAUACCACAAAAAACAUUAAACUCUCAGACAUACAAUGAAAGUUUAACACUUGAUUGGAUUUCAGAAAUUUAUGAACAAGAAUGGCUUUUGAUAUAUGAUAAUGCAGACUAUUAUAACAUUGGUCUAUUACAAAAGUAUUUACCUUCUGGACAAAAAGGAAAUAUUUUGAUUACAAGUCAUAAUCCUAAUCUGAUUUGCAUUACUGAAAAUGCUGGAAUAGCUGUAUCUGAAAUGGAAUCUGAAGAAGCUAUAAACUUGCUUUUUAAUGCUAGUGAUCUU